CUAACUUUGGAGUUUUCUCCACCAAUAUAAAUAGCGAUCUUCACAAGUGUAUUUUCCACCAUCCUCAAGUUCCUCACUUAGCCUUCUAGUCUAACAAUCUUCUUAUCAUUUCUGAAUUUCAAUCACAAAUAUUCACCAAAAUGGCAAUCAAUCAAAUGAUUCUCUUAACCAUAUUCCCACUCUUUCUCCUCUUGAGCUUCACCGACGCCGGAAUCCCUGGCGUCUACUCAGGCGGCUCUUGGCAAACCGCUCACGCCACUUUCUAUGGUGGCAACGAUGCUUCCGGAACAAUGGGUGGCGCGUGUGGAUACGGGAAUCUGUACAGUCAAGGAUACGGAACAAACACGGCGGCCCUGAGCACAGCGUUGUUCAACAGUGGCCAAAGCUGCGGCGCAUGCUUCGAAAUCAAAUGUGUUAAUGAUCCUAAAUGGUGUCACCCGGGUAAUCCUUCUGUCUUCGUAACCGCAACCAACUUUUGCCCUCCAAACUUAGCCCAGCCUAGCGACAAUGGCGGAUGGUGCAACCCGCCACGCUCUCAUUUCGACCUCGCCAUGCCCGUUUUCCUCAAGAUCGCUGAGUAUCGUGCCGGCAUUGUCCCCAUCUCUUACCGCAGGGUGGCAUGUAGGAAGAGUGGAGGGAUAAGGUUCACGAUCAACGGUCACCGUUACUUCAACUUGGUGCUGAUCACGAAUGUGGCCGGAGCAGGAGAUAUCCUGAGGACGAGCGUGAAAGGUUCAAAGACUGGUUGGAUGAGUUUAACUAGGAACUGGGGACAGAACUGGCAGUCUAAUGCUGUUCUCGUUGGUCAGUCACUUUCCUUCCGUGUCACAACCAGUGACCGUAGAACCUCUACUUCAUGGAACAUCGCUCCUUCGAACUGGCAGUUUGGACAAACCUUUGUCGGAAAGAAUUUCAGGGUCUAAAGUGAAAAUGAGGAUAUCGAAACAUUCAAAGUGGUAGACACAAAAAGAAGCUCCACUUUCAAUUUGAACAUCUUUGACUUUAUAUUUUCUAUUACUCUUUUUUUCUGUGAUUUGGAGUGUAAUUGGGAGGUGGUGUGGUAAUAUAUAUAGGGCAGUGUGAGAAAAGAGAAACUGAAGUGGCUGUUGAAAAAGUUGUAAACAGCCCGCAGCUCUUAAAAUUAUAUGGCUUGCUUGUAAUGUCAAAUUUCAUUAUAUAAUUUACCAUUUACUUAUACUACA